GGAGUGGCCUUGAACGCACCGCGCAGAAUGGGGCGUCUCCGUGCAGCAGAACUCCGGACUAUAAAGAACCCGGUGUUCUCCCGGCUCCCUCUGUCUCUUUCACUUGUCCUCGUUACCUGUAGUGAAGACCUACCGUGAAGCUGUGAUGGACCGCUGGAAGGGCAGAGUGGCUCUGGUGACUGGAGCUUCGGUCGGUAUUGGAGCGACCAUCGCCAAAGAACUGGUCCAGUACGGCAUGACGGUGGUGGGCUGCGCAAGAAGCCUGGACAAAAUUCAGGCCUUGGCUGUAGAGUGUAAGAACGCAGGCCACAGUGGCGUCCUGAUCCCGAUGAAGUGCGACCUGACCAACGCGGAGGACAUCCAGUCCAUGUUCGCAGCCAUCAAAGCGCAGCACAAAGGCGUGGAUGUUUGCAUCAACAACGCCGGACUGGCUCACAAUGAGCCUCUGCUGAGCGGCAAAACCAGCGCCUGGAAGAACAUGCUGGACGUAAGAACUCACUGUGGCUCAGAAAAUGCCUUGGCUGCGGAGUGUAAGAGCGCGGGCCACAGUGGCGUCCUGAUCCCGAUGAAGUGCGACCUGACCAACGCGCAGGACAUCCAGUCCAUGUUUGCAGCCAUCAAAGCGCAGCACAAAGGCGUGGACGUUUGCAUCAACAACGCUGGCCUGGCUCACCCCGAGUCUCUGCUGAGCGGCAAAACCAGCGCUUGGAAGAACAUGCUGGACUUUUCUCUUCAGUCCAUUUCUCCUGGCCUAGUUGAGACUGAAUUUGCUUAUCGUCUCCAUAGCGAAACCCCUGGUAAAGCUAAGGAAACAUAUUCUCAGCUUAAGCCGUUGGAGGCGAUAGACGUUGCUAACGCCGUGGUUUAUGUCCUGAGUGCCCCGCCUCAUGUUCAGAUUGGAGAAAUGUUGUUGCGACCUGUGGAGCAGCAGGCCUGAUGUUGAACCAUGUGAUGGCUGCAUUUACACACCACUCACUCUUCAGAUGAUCUUCAUCUGUGAAAUUAAUGAUGUUAAUCUCCAAUUAAAAGAAUAAAAGUCUGAUUUUAAGGUGGAA